GCGGCGGGGCGGGGCGGGAGCGUCGCGAGCGCAGGCCGCGGCGGCUGCGGAGUAGCUAGCAGGCGCUUCCAGUGCUGGCCUGCGCCCCAGCCCUGAUUUCCCAUCCCGCGCCCCCUCCUCAGCCCCGGGCGCGCGCACGCCGGGGCCCUGCGGGGCUGGCAGCUGAGCUAGCAAGUCGCCGGACUUGCGCAGCCACCCGGAGCACCCUCCGGCCCAGGCGCACACGGAAGUGAGUGAUCAUCUGUUGUUGCUGUUGAAGUGAAGGAAAUACAGACACAUGACUGGAUGAACUCGGUUCACCUCUUGGAUCCCUGUGCCCCAGGACGUUGAAUCUGGAGGGGACGGUACAGACACUCAGGGCGGCUUGAGAGCAGCUAAAGGCUGAUGAACAGUGGUAGCCCUGCUGUAAUGGUGUUCUUAUCAGACUGUUCUGAGCUCUUCGAUCUUUCUCUUAAUUCAUUUUUAUCCUAAGCUCUGAACGGACUUUGGAAAGUAGAGAAGAAAAUCCAGUCUGCUUUUUGGAGGACAUUGGACAGCCGAAUAAAUGCAGUAUCUAAAUAUAAAAGAGGACUGCAAUGCCAUGGCUUUCUGUGCUAAAAUGAGGAGCUCCAAGAAGACGGAGGUGAAUCUGGAGGCCCCCGAGCCAGGGGCGGAAGUGCUCUUCUAUCUCUCCGACAGGGAGCCGCUCAGGCUGGGCAGCGGGGAGUACACGGCCGAGGAGCUGUGCAUCAGGGCCGCGCAGGAAUGCUGUAUCUCUCCUCUGUGUCACAACCUCUUUGCCCUGUACGAUGAGAACACCAAGCUGUGGUACGCUCCGAAUCGCACGAUCACGGUUGACGACAAGACAUCACUCCGGCUCCACUACCGGAUGAGAGUUGCAGCUGAAGAGUUUGAGGAACACCGGCUGAAGUGGUUCCCUAGAAAUGCUAGGUUGCUCUUGCUCUCAAGGACUAGAUGUUUUGAUCCAGUCCCUGAGAAUUUUUGCCUAAUGGGUGGGACUCUUCAUUUUUCUUCUGAUAGGUUCUAUUUCACCAACUGGCAUGGGACCAAUGAUAAUGAGCAGUCUGUAUGGCGACAUUCUCCUAAGAAGCAAAAAAAUGGCUAUGAGAAAAAAAAAGUUCCAGAUGCAACGCCUCUGCUUGAUGCCAGCUCCCUGGAGUAUCUGUUUGCUCAGGGACAAUAUGAUUUGGUCAAAUGCCUGGCUCCCAUUCGAGACCCCAAGACCGAGCAGGAUGGACACGAUAUCGAGAACGAGUGUCUGGGAAUGGCUGUCCUGGCCAUCUCGCACUACGCCAUGAUGAAGAAGAUGCAGUUGCCAGAACUGCCCAAGGACAUCAGCUACAAGCGGUAUAUUCCAGAAACAUUGAAUAAGUCCAUCAGGCAGAGGAAUCUUCUCACCAGGAUGCGGAUCAAUAACGUUUUCAAGGAUUUCCUAAAGGAAUUUAAUAACAAGACCAUUUGCGACAGCAGUGUAUCUACUCAUGACCUGAAAGUGAAAUACCUGGCUACCUUGGAAACUUUGACAAAACAUUAUGGUGCUGAAAUAUUUGAGACUUCCAUGCUAUUGAUUUCAUCAGAAAAUGAGAUGAAUUGGUUUAAUCCAGAUGACAGUGGAAACAUUCUCUAUGAAGUGAUGGUAACUGGAAAUCUCGGAAUCCAGUGGAGACAGAAACCAAAUGUUGUUCCUGUUGAAAAGGAAAAAAACAAACUGAAAUGGAAAAAACUGGAAAACAAACACAAGAAGGAUGAGGAGAAAAACAAAAUCCGGGAAGAGUGGAACAAUUUUUCUUACUUCCCUGAAAUCACUCACAUUGUAAUAAAGGAGUGUGUGGUCAGCAUCAAUAAGCAGGACAACAAAAAGAUGGAACUGAAGCUUUCGUCCCACGAGGAGGCCUUGUCCUUUGUGUCCCUGGUAGACGGCUACUUCCGGCUCACAGCAGAUGCCCAUCAUUACCUCUGCACUGAUGUGGCUCCCCCACUGAUCGUCCACAACAUACAGAAUGGUUGUCACGGUCCAAUCUGCACAGAGUAUGCCAUCAAUAAGUUGCGGCAAGAAGGAAGCGAGGAGGGGAUGUAUGUGCUGAGGUGGAGCUGUACCGACUUUGACAAUAUCCUCAUGACUGUCACCUGCUUUGAAAAAUCUGAGGUGGUGGGUAGCCAGAAGCAGUUCAAGAACUUCCAGAUCGAGGUGCAGAAGGGCCGGUACAGCCUGCAUGGCUCGGACCGCAGCUUCCCCAGCCUGGGGGACCUCAUGAGCCACCUCAAGAAGCAGAUCCUGCGCACGGACAACAUCAGCUUUGUGCUGAAGCGCUGCUGCCAGCCCAAGCCCCGAGAGAUCUCCAAUCUGCUGGUGGCUACUAAGAAGGCCCAGGAGUGGCAGCCUGUCUACUCCAUGAGCCAGCUGAGUUUUGACCGGAUCCUCAAGAAAGAUAUCGUGCAGGGCGAGCACCUUGGGAGAGGCACGCGGACGCACAUCUACUCUGGAACCCUGCUGGAUUACAAGGAUGACGAAGGAAUUUCUGAAGAAAAGAGAAUUAAAGUGAUCCUCAAAGUCCUAGACCCCAGCCACAGGGACAUCUCUCUGGCCUUCUUUGAGGCAGCCAGCAUGAUGAGGCAGGUCUCCCACAAGCACAUUGUGUACCUCUAUGGCGUCUGUGUCCGAGAUGUGGAGAAUAUCAUGGUGGAGGAGUUUGUGGAGGGGGGCCCCCUGGACCUCUUCAUGCACCGGAAAAGCGAUGUCCUCACCACACCAUGGAAGUUCAAAGUUGCCAAACAACUGGCCAGUGCCCUGAGUUACUUGGAGGAUAAAGACCUGGUCCACGGAAAUGUGUGCACUAAAAACCUCCUCUUGGCCCGUGAGGGCAUCAACAGCGAGUUCGGCCCGUUCAUCAAGCUCAGUGACCCCGGCAUCCCCAUCACUGUGCUGUCGAGGCAAGAGUGCAUAGAACGAAUCCCGUGGAUCGCUCCUGAGUGUGUUGAAGACUCCAAGAACCUGAGUGUGGCUGCUGACAAGUGGAGCUUCGGAACCACGCUCUGGGAGAUCUGCUACAAUGGCGAGAUCCCUCUGAAGGACAAGACCCUGAUUGAGAAAGAGCGAUUCUAUGAAAGCCGGUGCCGGCCAGUGACACCGUCCUGUAAGGAGCUGGCUGACCUUAUGACCCGCUGCAUGAACUAUGACCCCAACCAGAGACCCUUCUUCCGAGCCAUCAUGAGAGACAUCAAUAAACUGGAGGAGCAGAAUCCAGACAUUGUUUCAGAACGAAAGCCGGCUACCGAAGUGGAUCCCACACAUUUUGAAAAGCGGUUCUUGAAGAGGAUCCGUGACUUGGGAGAGGGCCACUUUGGGAAGGUUGAGCUCUGCAGAUAUGACCCCGAGGGGGACAAUACCGGGGAGCAGGUGGCUGUCAAAUCCCUGAAGCCCGAGAGUGGAGGUAACCACAUAGCUGAUCUGAAGAAGGAAAUUGAAAUCUUAAGGAACCUCUAUCACGAGAACAUUGUGAAGUACAAAGGCAUCUGCACAGAAGACGGAGGAAAUGGUAUUAAGCUCAUCAUGGAGUUUCUGCCUUCAGGAAGCCUUAAGGAAUAUCUUCCAAAGAAUAAGAACAAAAUCAACCUCAAACAACAGUUAAAAUAUGCUGUUCAGAUUUGUAAGGGGAUGGACUACUUGGGUUCUCGGCAGUACGUUCACCGGGACUUAGCAGCAAGGAAUGUCCUCGUGGAGAGUGAGCAUCAGGUGAAAAUUGGAGACUUUGGUUUGACCAAAGCCAUUGAAACCGACAAAGAGUACUACACAGUCAAGGAUGACCGGGACAGCCCUGUGUUUUGGUAUGCUCCAGAAUGUUUAAUUCAGUGUAAAUUUUAUAUUGCCUCUGACGUCUGGUCGUUUGGCGUGACUCUGCAUGAGCUGCUUACUUACUGUGACUCUGAUUCUAGCCCCAUGGCAUUGUUCCUGAAAAUGAUAGGCCCAACUCAUGGCCAGAUGACAGUAACAAGACUUGUGAAUACGUUAAAAGAAGGAAAACGUUUGCCUUGUCCACCUAACUGCCCAGAUGAGGUUUAUCAACUUAUGAGAAAAUGCUGGGAAUUCCAACCAACUAAUCGGACAACUUUUCAGAACUUAAUUAAAGGAUUUGAAGCACUUUUAGAAGCACUUUUAAAAUAAGAGGCAUGAAUAACCUUAUAGCAAGUCCUGUGUAGCAAGUCCUCCUUUCCUGGCCAAUACCCAAGCCAUUUUAAAAAGAAAUUUUAAUUGAAAAAAUUUGUAUUUGGGCAUGUACCAUGUAUAAGGCACACUGCAGUGCUCAUUAUGUGUAAGUACUUCCCUCUUUACAUUUGGCACCCGUAACAAAUGAGGGCAACCAGAAUAAUAGAAAGCACUUAAGCACUCCUCCUUUUGGAAAGAACAGGUACCACCAUUUUGUUUGGCUAGUUUACCAUCACAGUUGCGCACAAGCAAACGAGGAGCUGACCCAAGCACUUGUUCCCAGCAGGUAAAUUGAAGACAAAGAUUGAUGGACUUAGUAUUGUAACCUGCCCUCGAAUUUCCAUAUCUAUACAGUGAUAGACCAAGCAUUCUUGAAAAUAUUAGAUACCAGUUAGAUUAUUGUUUCUAUACAAAGACAAGUGUAUUCCUGUCAUCAGUAGGACUUAAAGUUUGAGUUGUUUCUUCAGUGGCUUAGCUCCUGUCCCCUUGGGUGACCGGCAGUACUGAUUUUUGAGAAAACAGGUCGUACCCAGGGGGACAGCUGUGGGAUAGAUACUUUGCUGCAUGUUCAUUCUUGAGAACCAGGCCUGUGCUUUCCUCAACAGUAUAUGUUUAAUCAGGAUUGACUCCAAGACCCUGGAUACUGUCCUACAUGCUUGUACGAAAUGUCCAGGGAGAUCCUUUUAGAACCCUGCCACUUUGGGCCAAGCUGUUCCAGCAUUGGUUUCGGUGCCGUACACAGCCAGUCAGUAUUGUAGUGCCUAACCGUCUACGAGAGUUCAGGGUCUACAGACGGUUUUCAGUUUGCUUGGAGAUAGCUGGGUAAUCUCUGAUUCAGUGUGAACUGUAAGAUCUUUUAUGACCAAGAAUGGAAAACUCUUCGUUAAUGCCGUCUAGCAUUUGUUUGAUGUCGUCAUUACUUUUCAACCUUUUGAGUCCGAAAGAGAGUUCUGGAUUGAUGCAAUGGCAACAAUAAACUUGCCAUUUAAAUUUGUUCAGUAACCCUACAUCACCCAAGGUCUCUGUCUGUGUCAAACCUGUGGCCACUCUGUAUGCACUUUGUUUACUCUUUAUACAAAUAAAUGUACUAGAGACUCACA